AUGCCCGUGGAAUUUGCAUCUGAUGGGCCCGCUGAAAAGCGACGGCGAAACUAUAGGCGCGUUGGGGCACAGCUGGAGAAGAAGCGAGCUCAAGACCGAGAAGCCCAGCGAGCCUUUCGCAAUCGCACCAAAGAGCUUGUCGCACAACAAGAGGCAGAAAUUGCCCACUACAGAAAUGCGACAGCUCACUUGCAGUCGCAGCUGCAAGCUGCACAAGAUGCCCGGCGAAUUGCACAGGAAAAGGCUGACCAUCUCAAUCAAGAGCUCGAACGCAUGCUCAACACCUUAAGGAUGUUGACCAGACCCUAUGAUCCUCGACCUCCGCUUCCACGAACUGGAUUGGAACUUGACAACAAUCUUUUCAGUAUUCCUUCCAACCACUUGAUUUCAGUUGGACAUGAUGGACCUAUCGAUCCUCUGGCAAACAGUUUUCGACUUCCACCGCUGACUCCACCGUCCAUUUCCUCCACCGACCAGCUCGACCGCCCUUUGCCGUUCCCGGGUAGGACAGUGGACUCCAUCCAAACGACAAUCGAGUCAACAGAAGGACUUAUGACAACCCCGAUCUUUUGUGAAUCCACAUGCGCCCUUGACACCAUCUUGAUCAAUUUUCUGACCACACAGCAAUCAAUGUCGGCAAUGGGGCUCCAGGACCAAGCAGCCGGACCACCUGCACCAAAUUUGUCCAGGGUGCUAGAUUUGACCAGUUCUUGGCCCACCCAUGCUCUAUCCAGGGUGAUAUCGGACAUCCUUUCACGGUUCGACGUAGUACGUGAGCUCCCGGAGAAGACGGCAGUGCACUGGACGUUCCACAAUCUUUUAAGGGUCAGACGUGGCAAAUCCAUCCCACCCAGCAAAAUUACCUUCGGAUCGUUCCCUGGCUUCGACCGCGGCCAUGCCAACUGA